CGGUGGAGGAGGGGGACGUUGCAGGAUGGCCGCUCAGGAGCGGGACUUGGUCCCUGCGGGAGGCCGGUGGCGGCAGCGUGAGGGUGGAGGAACAGCGGGCGGGGCCCGGCCGUGCCGGUGAGGACCGCGGAGGAGUACGGGGCAGCUGCUGUACCCCGCUGGGGACGUGAUCUGUGAAUUUAGCGGAAAGUGCUCAGAAGGUUUUGUUCUGCCCGAAAGAAUUCAAUGAUUGAAACUAUAGAUACUUACAGUUUCUUCUUGUGAACACUCAGCAUAAAUAUGGAGGCGUAGGCACCUUAAAGGGACAUCAGUCUGAACUCUGGGAGGUAGUUCUGUGCACAAAUAAAGAAACUAAGGCUUCAAAUUUUAUUUCUUUUUUAAUCUGAGGAUUCUGUUUGCUUCUGUAUGCCAUAAGGAUGGCAUACAGGAACAACUUAAUUCAGUGGCAUAAAGCAUCAGAAUGUCCUGACACAAAGCAAUUAAUUUAUCUUAAAUUUGAUAACUCUAUACUUGUAACUAAGGCACCAGGUUAAAAUUGAAAUGCUUUGCUCUCUGUGCUGACAGUGUUAUAAACAGAAAAGCCUGGAGUUACUCCAGGCUUGUUAAUGGAGAAUUCAUGCAUCAGAGGCAGUGUAGAGGAUUUAUCUCAUAGCUGAAUAGUCAAGAUAUGUGAACUUGAGUAUAAACUAACUUCUUUAGUCUCAGCAACUGUUACAACAGUACACGGAAGUUGAGGGUUGGGUUUUUUUUUGGUGGCUUUUUUUUGUGUUUUUUUUUUUAAGUCUAGUAGUAGCAAAUACUCCAGAUCAGUUCAGUAAUGUUAGUUCAGGGGCUCUUUUUUUCAUCUGCCAUUUGAGCUUGGUAAACCAUUAUUUUCAGCCUCCUAAUGAGAUACACAAACUAAAAUCUUUACAUGUGUAAGCUGUCUAUGGUGAAAUAGUUCUUAAAUCACGUAAUACAUGUUUUAGUUAAAAAUGGUGUAGUUUUAGUUGCUCCCCAUUUUAGUUUCUUUAUUGACAAAGGGUUUUGGUAAACCCAUUUGAGGUUUUCCCAGUCUGGAUCCCACCUCCACUAGCCUGACAAAUUGAUACUGCUUUCCCAGAUAUACAGUACAAGGAAAUCAUGUUAUGACUAGAUCUUACAAGGGAAAGUCCUUUUUGACAUGCUUUCUUCAAUUCCCAAAAUGGGAUAGGGCAGCUUUUGCACAGAUAGCAGUUGUAUAAACUAAAAUACAAAAACUUCCUGGAUGUUUAAAGGCUGUUAAUCAUGGGACUUAUUCUGUUCACAUAUGCAUUCAAAGUUGCACAUUAAAGCAUUUAAUUUUCAAGCUUUCUUUUGUACAGACGGGUUAUUCCAAAUUGCCUUUAGUGCACACAACUACCUCCCAGAGGAAGACUUGUCCCAUUCUUCCAAAUAUAGUCCAUUAUGAACAUAGUGGAGAACAGCCCUUUCUUGGCUAGCAUCAUGAAGCGGAGUGCUGUGUGUGGUGAGCUGAAAUAUGACUUAACCUGUGAACUCUACAGAAUGUCAACAUUUUCUACUUUCCCCAUUAAUGUGCCGGUGUCAGAACGGAGUCUUGCCCGGGCUGGGUUUUAUUACACUGGUGUGCAAGAUAAAGUUAAGUGCUUCAGUUGUGGCUUAACAUUGGACAACUGGCAACCAGGAGAUAAUGCUAUGGAAAGACACAAACAGCUGUAUCCUAGCUGCAGUUUUAUACAAAGCAUGCUUUCAGUUAACAACCUUGGAGUGCCCUCUCAUUCUACCUUUUCGUCUCCAGUUGUAAACAGUCUCUUGCCAUCUCUACAUUCCAUGACACUCUCUCAAGGUUCAGAACAAGUUGGAUAUUUCAGUGGCUCUUUUUUCAGUUUUCCUCAAGACCCAGUAACUGCUAGGGCAGUUGAAGAUCUUUCAUUCUUGAGACCUAAGUUUCACAAUCCUCACAUGAGUACAGAAGAUGCUAGGCUACGCACUUUUCACUCAUGGCCACUGACGUUUAUCUCACCUGCUGAUCUGGCAAGGGCUGGACUUUACUACCUGGGGACAGCAGACAAAGUUGCUUGUUUCAGCUGUGGUGGUCAGCUGAGUAACUGGGAACCAAAAGAUAAUGCUAUGUCAGAACAUCGGAGACAUUUUCCUAACUGCCAUUUUUUGGAGAGCCUCACCAGAGACCAGCAAAGUUUCAAUGUUUCAAACGUGAGCAUGCAAACUCAUGAAGCACGUGUUAAAACAUUCAUAAAUUGGCCAACUAGAAUUCUAGUUCAGCCUGAACAGCUUGCAGAUGCUGGUUUCUACUAUGUAGGCCACAAUGAUGAUGUCAGGUGUUUUUGCUGUGAUGGUGGUUUAAGGUGCUGGGAAUCUGGAGAUGAUCCAUGGAUUGAGCAUGCAAAGUGGUUUCCAAGAUGUGAGUAUCUGCUUCGUGUAAAAGGAGGAGAGUUUGUAAGACAAAUUCAGGCCAGGUUCCCCCAUCUUCUUGAACAGCUCUUGUUAACCUCUGUAGAUGAAAACGCUCAUCCCCCAAUUUUUCAUUUUGAACCUGGAGAGAGUCAUUCAGAAGAUGUAAUCAUGAUGAACACACCUGUGGUUAAAACUGCGUUGGAGAUGGGAUUCUGUAGAAGGCUAAUAAAGCAGACGGUGCAAAGCAAAAUCUUGGCCACUGGGGAAAACUACAAGGAUAUUCAUGAUCUUGUGUCUGAUCUGCUCACUGCUGAACAUGAAGAGAGGGAAGAAGAGAAAGAGAAACAAUCUGAAGAAGUGGCAUCAGAUGAUUUGUCCUUAAUCCGGAAGAACCGAAUGGCUUUAUUCCAACGUUUAACAUGUGUACUUCCAAUCCUCGAGAGUUUGCUGUCAGCCAAAGUGAUCACAGAACUUACGCAUGAUGUUAUUAAGCAAAAGACUCAGACAGCACUGCAGGCAAGGGAACUGAUAGAUACAGUUUUAGUGAAAGGAAAUGAAGCAGCCAGCAUAUUCAGAAACUGUCUACAAGAUUGUGACCCCAUACUGUACAAAGAUUUAUUUGUGGAGAAGAACUUGAAGUAUAUUCCUGCAGAAGAUGCUUCAGGUUUACCUAUGGAAGAGCAAUUAAGAAGACUGCAGGAGGAAAGAACAUGUAAAGUUUGCAUGGACAGAGAAGUUUCCAUUGUUUUUAUUCCAUGUGGUCACUUAGUGGUAUGCAAACAUUGUGCACCAUCCCUUAGAAAAUGCCCUAUCUGCAGGGGGACAAUAAAGGGCACAGUUCGUACGUUCCUUUCAUAAAGAGGGAAACUUCCAAAAUGUCUUCGGUAGUGUUAUCUUCUAGCUGCUGAAGCUUAAGCCAGCAGUGUCCUAAGAAUGGAAAAUUGUGAUACAGAAGAUGAUUAAUCAACUACCUAACACUGUUGUGUAAUAGUAAACUCUAUCACCAUUAUGGGGAUACCAGGCCAUCCUUGCCAAAGACUUUCUGUUCAUAAAGCUAGCUCAGUACUCAGGUGAAGUUUGUGUAACUUUCCUUUUUAAGGAAAGCAGUUUCACUCAUAUGCCCUUGUGUCACUUUGAAUAAAAAAAAAUUCUGGAUCUUAAAAUUGAGCCUGGUGUAACUCAUGAGUUUCCUCCAUGUGGAUGUGAGGAAAUACAUUAAGAUUGCUGUUUAUUAAUAAUUAAUAUUGAUUAACUUCAGUUACUGCUUUGGCUUCUGUUCUGGCUUUAUUGUGGACUUGAG